UCGUCUGCGGAGGCCGCGACCCCGCCUCGCCGCCCGCCCGCGUCUGCGUCGCCGUCCCCGCGCCCGCGCCCCGCCGUUGGGCCGCGCCGCGCCGGCAUGUCGGGCCCCGGGCCGCGGGAGCCGCCGCCUGAGGCAGGCGCGACGGGCGGCGAGGCGGGCCCCGAGGGCGCGGGCGGCGGGGACGCGGCGCUGGGCGAGCCGGGACUGAGCUUCACGACCACCGACCUGAGUCUGGUGGAGAUGACGGAAGUGGAGUAUACGCAGCUGCAGCACAUCCUCUACUCGCACAUGGAGGCGGCGGACGGCGAGCUCGAGGCACGCCUGGGCUCCGCGCUGCUGGCCGGCCCGGGCGCGGGCUCGGGCGCGGCGGGCUCGCUGGCGCCGGCGCCGCCCGUGUACCCAGUGCUGUGCCCGCCGCUGGCGGCCGACGCGCCGUGUCUGGGCCACGUCGACUUCCAGGAGCUGCGUAUGAUGCUGCUGGGCGAGGCGGGCGCAGCCGAGAAGACGCCUGGCGGCGCGGACGGGACGCGGACGCGGGCGGACGGCGCGGCCAAGGAGGGCGCGGGCGGCGCGGGGCCCGACGGCGCGCCCGAGGCCCGGGCCAAGCCGACCGUACGCGUCCGUCUGGAGGACCGCUUCAACAGCAUGCCGGCCGAGCCGCCUGCGCCUCGCGGUGCUGAGCCCGGCGAGUCGGGCGUGGCGCUCAACAAUUUGGUAACUCUUAUUCGACAUCCAUCUGAAUUAAUGAAUGUUCCUCUUCACCAGCAACAAAACAAAUGUACGACCUUAGUGAAAAAUAAAACUGCUGCUGCCACUACUGCUUUGCAGUUCACCUACCCGCUGUUUACAAGUGCCUGUCCCACUGGUGGGAAUGCCAGCCUUGCACAGACACAGAGUUCUAGUAACUCAUGUUCUAUACUGGAAGCUGCCAAGCACCAGGAUAUUGGACUGCCUAGAGCAUUUUCUUUCUGUUACCAGCAAGAGAUUGAGUCCACCAAACAGACAGGAGGUAGUAGAAACAAAGCCUUGCCCGAGCAGGUUUGGAUUAAGGUGGGAGAAGAAGCGCUAUGUAAACAAGCAAUCAAUAAGAGGAAUCGGAGUAGAAUCCGCCAGUUGGAUACAAGUGUGGAGCGAAGAGCCCUUGGAGAGAUUCAGAAUGUGGGCGAAGGCUCUACAGCUUCACAGGGUACCUGGCAGUCUUCUGAGUCCUCACAGUCAAACCUGGGGGAGCAGACGCAGAGCGGACCCCAGGGAGGAAGGUCUCAGCGUCGGGAGAGGCAUAACCGAAUGGAAAGAGAUAGAAGGCGCAGAAUCCGCAUUUGCUGUGAUGAGCUGAAUCUUUUAGUUCCAUUCUGCAAUGCGGAGACAGAUAAAGCAACAACCCUUCAGUGGACCACAGCAUUCCUGAAGUACAUUCAGGAAAGACAUGGGGAUUCCCUUAAAAAGGAAUUUGAGAGCGUGUUUUGCGGUAAGACUGGCAGAAGGCUAAAGCUGACCAGACCCGAAUCCCUGGUGACCUGCCCUGCACAGGGCAGUCUGCAGAGCAGCCCCGCCAUGGAGAUCAAGUGACUGGACUGACCCAGGACCUGGGAGAGAACUGCCGUUCUUUCGGCAUCAUACACAUGCCUGCCAUCCCAGAGCUCAGCUCUGAGUCCUCAAGAGGGAUGCAGCUCCAGUUGGUGGGACUCCAGUAAGGACUUUGAGAGCACAUUUUGUGAAAGUAUUUAUCUAAACAAAAUACUUACCCACUAAUGUCCAGAUGACCAUUUGAGGAUGAAGACAUCUUGAUAAUUAGUAAUUUUUCAAUUACCUGUCCGACACCAUCAUGUGUUCUUAACAUGAUAACUUAAAAAAAUUAACAUCCUUGGUAAUUUCUUGAGUCUCAAGACUAAAGAAAACAUUGCCGUUUACUUAUUUUGUUUACUUUUUAAAUAUGCCCCUUUAGCAAUUGGAAGAAGAUAAAUUGUUCUUAACUAGAAGAGGUUUGGAAACUUUAUUUCAUUUGUUCUAUCACCCCCUAUAUUCCAGUCUCAUGGUACUCUGUAUUGGAAAAUGCAGUGCCAUUUUAAAACUUUUUGCUAAGAAUUUUCCAGAGACUUCCUUUAAAGCUCCUUUUGCCCAUAAACAUUUUCUCAGUAGAUUGCUUCAAUGCCCACAUUUCCAUAUUGUGAGUCAUUGCUUUAUGUGUAAUAAAUUGUAUGUUUGGAA